UAGAUUGAUGUGCGUUGGAGCAGCUAGUACAGUAAGUGACCAUAGUAUCAACAAAGCGUGUAUCUUACCACAGUGAAUAUUUACCACCAUACAAAAGCUAACCACUACAAGCCGGCAGCCGGCAUGAGUCGAAAUCUGUGCGACGAAACGUUUCCCUCCAGCUUGCUGAUCGAGUUCGACGAGCUGGACGAUGAAAUUCCCAUCAGUCCGGAACUCCCGAAACGUCAUCAUCACUCCGAUGGCAAAGGGAUCGUAACCGACAAGACAAAUAUUGCAGACGAUCGCAACGGAUCGCGCAUGGUGAUCUCGGGUUCAUCGAACACUUCCAGCGGCCAUUCAUCACUUUCGACCGAAGGUGAAAACCGAAGCGCCUCGAGCGAUCGCGAUACAAGCCGCGAUCUGAGUAAACGGCAACCCUCGGAUCCUGGGGCGCUGUUGCUGCUGGGCGAUCAGCGGUCGGCGAAAUUGUCGCUCAAGUCGCGAAAAAUUCGCCAACCACGGUCGAUGGAGAGCUUGCUCCAGACCCAGGGACAAUCGGUUGGCCGGCUAAAGCUGGCGUCCCCAUUAGGCAGUGGAACCGGUCUUGGUGCUAGCAAGGGAAUGGGAGGCGGAAGCACGGGCAAUGUCAGUGUGAGUAGUGCUGGUAGCACCGCUCAGCAGCAGCAGCAGCAGCAACACUACAACCGUCACCGAUCAAAGUAUGGGCACGUUCAGAGCAAGGUCAAGCAGAUGAUCGAAGAAAUGAAACCACCGACUAGCCGGGACCGGAAGACGCUCGUGCGCCACAAAUCCAUGCCCGAAACGUCCUUCGAGGUCGAUGCAAAAACCGAGAAGGACGAAACGCUCGAGCAGGAAAACGACGUGGAAACGCUACGAUCGGCCGUGCGGGAGAUGCGUCUACACAUGAGCAGCCUGGAGCAGGAGCUGACCGUCUGCCGUACGAAUCUGUUCAACGAGUUGGCCACGCUCCAGUGCAAGAACAAUGCGCUGCGCAUGGAAAACGAUCGACUGCUCGAGCAGGAGCAGGCUCACGAGCAGCGCCGGCAGCAGCUACGUGAGCAACAGGCCGCUGGAUCCUGCUACGGUAGUCAGUCCUCGCUGUACAAAGCGUCCGUCAGAAUCACCUGCACCGUAGCCACACAGACGAGCCCAUCCGCCACAGGUGAUCACGAGUCACAGUUUGAUUUUUUGCUGGCCAGCCCUCCACCCGCUUCCCAUCCGGCUGCCCACACAUCCUCCUCGACCAUCGAGCUGGAAUCGGCGGUGGGUGAGUUUUCGCCCGACUACGAGCAGCUCAUACCAACGUUGGACCGGAGCGGUACUUCUACGGUGUUUGGGUCCGGCAUCCGGAACCGGGAGGUACGCCGUACACCGUCCUUCCGUUCACCGACUGGUCGGCGUUCCGAGUCGAGCCAGGCAGGAGAUUUCGCACUCAGCAGUCCUACCUGUCACGACUGUAGACGACGGAAGAAGAAGCGUAAAUCGCGCAAACAAAAGCUCGCCAGUUUAUUCUGCAUACGGCAUCACGAUGAGUCGCUGUAGAGCCCUGAGGCGCUCACCUGCUGCUCUGUAUCUUCUCAACCCUUCCCCCACUCCUCUCCCUGCGAGGCGCACAGGGUCAAUGCACGGUCGGUUCGCGAUCUAGUACAGUAAUUAUUAUCAUUUAUUUUACAUCAUGUUUUAUCGGUCACAAGUUGCUAUUGAAUGUGUGUUUGUGUGUAUUUUUAAGUGGAUUUUUGUUUGCUUUACUUGCUUGCACCUACAUCCAUUUAUACAGCGCGCCGGUAGCCUGUGGUACAGCUAAGUGCAUUGUCUUCUCUUCUCUUUGGUAUCUGGUCACAUUUCUAUCGUUUGCGUUCUUGCUCUUGAAACGAAUCGAUUAUUAGCCCUGCGCGUACCUCAUGACAAUAACAAAACAGAAAUCCCGACGGUUGUUCCUACAUGUAAUCUUCUUCUACUGAUCCUAAGCCUUCUCCGUUUUCCGAUGUCCGUUCAAGAAUGACUCACCCUGUAAACAACACAUACACACAUUUUAUACAACUGUUUGUUGCAAGGUCCUUCCAAGCACGGUUCGGAAUAUCGCCAAAAACAUUGUGAUUAGAGUUAAUCCAUCAAAGCUCGCUUCCAAAUGUGUACCCUGCAGUUACUCAAAUGCUAGUUUUAAGACGUCCCGUUGAGAUCGAGAAUGUAAACAUGUGAAUGAGAGGAGGAUAAGGAGAUCGCUUUAUAAACAUACACCCUCAUGCACACUCAAGUCCUGCACCCACUA